UUCCGGGUUGUGGGUGCAGGAGUUCUGCACUGACCGGCUGUACUGUAGGGGCUCCUGUCCAGAUGGGUAAUGGGGACUCGCAGUCCAAACAGCACGCCGAAGGGGCGGAGCCUGCAGCAGGGCCUACACUUGGUGGGCUUCUUGGACCUCUUUGGUGUCAGCAUGAUUGUGCCAUUACUGAACCAUCAUAUGAAAUCACUUGGGGCAAGUCCAACUACAGCAGGGAUAAUAGGUUCCUGCUAUGGUAUGCUUCAACUGUUUUCUAGCUCAAUUGUGGGGAGUUGGAGUGACAUCGCUGGAAGACGGUAUGCACUAAUUACUUGUAUUCUUAUUAGUGCGCUUGGAUAUGGUCUUCUUGGUUUAUCCAUUAACAUAUAUAUCUAUGCAAUUGCUAGAAUACCUGUGGGAAUUUUUAAACAUUCACUUUCGAUUUCAAAAGCAUUCCUCUCUGACCUUGUAUCUGAGAAAGAGCGCCCCCAUGUCAUGGGAAGGUUUAAUUCGGCUUCCAGCAUGGGGUUUAUCCUGGGACCUGUUGUUGGCGGUUACCUCACAGAGCUGCAGGGUGGUUUUUAUAUUACAUCCAUACUUUGUACUUGCAUAUUCCUUAUCAAUGCAGGUCUUGUUUGGAUGAUGCCACAGUCUACAGACAGAAGCAACAUGGUUACACCUAGUAGCCGUGUGAACACGCACAAUAGUAUGCCAUCUAAAUCUGAUAAUCCAGUUGACGCCUCACAGGAAUUCAAUGGCGAAAUACCAAACGUACCUGCACAUACUUUAUGGGCACAGAUUAUAUCUGUAUUUAAGAAAGUUACAGGCGUGGCUUUUUCUCAGAUGUGGGACAUAUUUUUAGUUCGUCUGCUCAUGGCAGUUGCUGUGAUGCUUUACUACAGCAACUUUGCAUUGGCAAUGGAAGAAAGAUUCCACCUGACUCCACGGAUGACUGGCUAUUUAAUAAGUUAUGGUAGCACUCUGGGAGCUCUUGCUGGUUUUUCGCUGGGACCACUGUCGAGACUUUAUCAAUAUAAUAUUUAUACAAUGUUGUUACAUUCCAGCGUUCUCACAUUCUUUUCCAUCCUCCUGUAUUCCGUGGCACCCAAGAUGUGGAUCGUUGUACUGUCUUCAACGUUCUUGGCUUUCUCUACAAGUAUAGGAAGAACAUGCAUUGUGGACCUAGAACUCACACUAGGUCAGAAGCAUGGAAGUGGUACGCUUAUUGGUGUUGGACAGUCUGUGACAUCAGUGGGACGCAUAGUUGUUCCCCUCUUCUCAGGAAUUGCACAAGAAUAUAGCCCUUGUGGCCCACCACAGCUUGGAGCUGUCUUGGCAUUAGCAUCCAUCUUCCUAAUGUACAAAAGUAAGUCCUAUUAUGAUGGGCCAGCAAACGGCAAACACAAAAGAGAAUAAAUAGCACAUAGAAUUAUGCUGAAUCUUAAAUAGGGACAUGUGCAAUAACUACUAAUACAUAUAGACAACAUCCAAAGUAAGAUGAUGUCUCCUUUAAAAGCCAUGAUUUAUAUCUGAGGAGUUGCUACUUAUGUACAGAUUUUAAUUUAACAGUUUAGUUAUUGUAACCACUAUUAUGAUGGCCACUCUGCUGUCCUAGACUAUGAUGUUGCAAACCAUUUAGCCUAAUAUGAUUGAUAUUCAAUAGGCCUGAAUUGCCUGGGAAUGGCUUUAGUGCAUGCAUUCAUAGUUUAAAGGGAGCCUGGCAGCAAUUCUGACCAUGCUUAACUGCUGAAACCACUAGAUAUGGGACGAGGGAGAGCAGGUCAAGCAUACCUUUUGCAGAUCUUUUAUUAUAAGGAGUUGUGUGAAUAUGAACUUUUAUUCUGCUGGUCCUGCAAAUGCCUUAAAAACCGACCUUGACUGUGAUGUACAUUCUGCACUGAGCUGCUAUACCAACCUCUCUUGGUAGCUGUAGCAUCCAACGAAAAUACCGCUAUAGUUGUCACUCAGAGCAGAGAGGAGGGGCUGUGAAGCAUCUCAAUGCAGAGAGCACUUCACCGUGAAGCUCUGCCUCCAGUGCACCUGCAGGAGCAGAACCUGGCAGAAUACAAUUUCAUAUUCGCAAUACUUCUGACAAUAAAAUCUCCAAAAAAGGUAUGUUUGUCAUGAUUUCCCAGGCUCUUAUCUACCACAUGGUCAAAACUGCUGACGGACUCCCUUUAAGUGCCUAGUUAGAAGCAAGUUUGCACAAACAAUGAUCAUUCCAAUACAAUAUGGUGUAUAAUUAGGCAACUUAUUUAGCAGAUUAUCUUUUAUAUUUCAAUUGAUAUCUUGGUUGUAUGUGAAGUUGGUUAUUAUACCAUGAUAAUUUGCAAGGCUUAAAGGGCUAGUCCCAUGAUGGCAUGUUAUGCUAUGCCAUUUUGCAAGGAUAAUCUGUAAUAAACGACAUACAUAUGGUGUUUGACCUCUGAGAAUCCUGCUGAUAUGGAGAGCACAGGGACCAGGUUUUUUUUUCCCUGCACAGUGGUGCUCCUGUCCAAGUAUGAAGACAACUGUCGUACAAUCACAUUUAGGUGACUUUGUGCUGUAGUUCCAUGCACAGUAGGUGGCCAAGAGAGUUGCUUUGUAAGGAAAGAGUCCUGGCAGCCAGAUGCCCACAAUCAGUAAGUGACAGUAUAUCCUAGCAAUAUGCCAUCACAUAUUGUGGUGGAAAAAUGUCCUUUAAAUUUCCAACCUUAAAAGUAAACGGCCACUUCAGGCAAAACAUGAUAUUCUCUGUUUCACAGACUUCCUCUUUGGGUAUUAGACAGUGGUACAAUGCUGCCUAUCUGUAUACAGCAUAACCUUAGACCAGACGGUCUAAAGAGGGUUCACAUUGUUUUAAAAAAUUUGGGGUAUCUUGCUAUAAGUUAACAGAUUUUAUACCACCAGUUGGCUGACUUAUGUGCCAAAACUUUGGACCUUAACUAUUCCCCCCCUUUUUUUUGUAAGCCACACCCUUUGUCUAUGAAGGUGUAGAAGCUAUCUAAAACUCAUAAUGGGGGCACAGUACAUGUAUUCCACUUUUGUGGUCCAUAUUGAGCUAGAAUUCUGGUGCAUUUAACCUACAGUAAUAAAUCUCCCCAAUUGUAUCAGUUUUGCCUGGAAUGGCCUUUUAAAGGGGGUACUCCGGCUCAGCGUUCUGCUGUUUCACAAUGGUGCCGGGUGUCAGAACCCCACUGAUCUUCAGCCUUGCAAACACGUUUGUUUUUGUAUAAUCUUUAUAGCAGUCACUGUGAAUUAGUAUUAGAAAAAUAAACUCUCCCACAAUGCAGUGCAGCAGGGUCUGUUGAAAAGCUCUCUUCUGGUUUUAGGAUAAAGCUGCAGAAUUGUGAAUGCAGCUCUGGAACAAGAAAGAUAUUGCAAUGCAUUUGUCAUGUUACUGUUUAUGGUUUAAAGGUAGACAGAGAAGUUACUGUGUUUUUAUUUAGAAUAAGCCAGAGCAGAUGAUUUAUUAUCAUCUAAAUGGUGUAAAAAUGUCAGGGUUGCAGUGCAAAUCUGAUCUGUAUGAUGAAUACGUCCAAAACUCCACAGCUGAAAACUCAUUAUCGACUAACUUUUUGACAUUAAUAAGCCCUCAUUCACAUCGUCCCUCUUUAUUUCUUUUGUUCUGCUCUGUUAUAAGAGCAGAAUUACAAAAAUAAUGGAGGGUCACAAACAGCGCCCAAUGAUCCAGCAUAUUAAAAAGCAAAAUAAAGUAACAUUUGUCCUGUAUUUUUUCACUGAAUCUGUAAAGGAGGACUCUGACACAGAUGUGAACUCAUGCACAUGAAAGUGUGUCGGCUGGGCCCAUUUUGAGGCCUGCAAACAGUGGGUCUGCAAUAUACGGGCCCUGGCCGUUUGUGCAUGGGUCCGCAAUCCGGAAGGUGCGGUGCAGAACAGAGGAGUGCUUAUGUGGGGUUUCUAUCUGUACCGCAAAAAAAAUAGAACAUGUUCUAUUUUUUUUGGCGGUGCGGACGGAUCAUGGACCCAUUCGACUUGAAUGGGACUGGAUCUAAAAUCACUGAAAAACCAAUAAUGUCUAAAUUCUUGCAAGAACAGACAGGGAUAUCCCUGAAGGCAAGGAUCUAAAACGUAACUUUUAUUACAUCCAAUAAAAUCAUAUAACUCACAAAGAUCCACAAAGAUCCUAUACAAAACAAUUCAGAAAGCUAUUGCCAAAAUCCAUGUGGGCUCAAGCAGUGGGAUGAGUACUCCGGGAGACUGUCCCUGAUCUCGCCCUCUAAACUGCUCAGCCCGGGGACGCACCUUGAUGGUAGAUGCUCCCCGUCCUCGUGCCUAGAACUGCACUUUCCUUAUUAUGUCCUUGGCCUACCCUUGGACAAUAUUCACUGUAUCUCAGUAAAGCCAGUCCCAGAAUGCACACAUACAAAGCCAGUCCCUUGAAUGGGACUGGAUCCAUCUGUGGCAGCCGCACGGAUGGUGCCGUGCAUUGAGGACCACAAAUUACGGUCCCCAAUGCACAGAACGGCCGGGCAACAGCCGUGUGCAUGAGCCCUAAGCCUGAAUUCACACUUCAGUUAUUU